AUGGACAGCUUUAACGUCUCGGAUAUGAGCACUGCGCUCAAAGAAAGCACGGGCAAUCAGGCCAGUAAUCCUACCGAAGCUUCCAACGCUGCCCGCGAGAAGGGUUGGACGACUCCCAAAGGCUACGAUUACGAAAAGUAUACUUCUACUCUUCCGCCACUCAAUCAGCCCCAGGGUGACAACCAGGAGGAGCUCCCUGAAUGGGCCGCUCAAGCUGCAAAAUAUGAAUGGAAGGAUGAAUUUGGGGACGUUGGCCCACGGAACCCUGAGCUCGAGGAGAUGCUGUUCCGCAGCGAAUAUACUAACCGGACCGGUUUGAAGAUCGGAAAUAUCCAAAACAUCGAGGUCAUCGCGGAAAGUCGUGAGAGACCGAGUCCCAUCAAGAAUUUUGAUGAUGCCGGUCUUCAUCCUAUCAUGCGCGAGAAUAUUCGCUUGUGUAGAUACGAGUUCCCGACCCCAAUUCAAGCAUAUUCAAUCCCCGCGGUCCUUACUGGCCAUGAUCUAAUCUCCAUCGCUCAGACUGGGUCUGGAAAAACUGCCGCAUUUUUGAUCCCGGUUCUGUCCCAGCUGAUGGGAAAAGCAAAGAAGCUGGCAGCUCCGCGUCCCAAUGUCGCAGCUGGCUACAAUCCCAGCGCAGAUUCUGUUCGGGCUGAACCGCUGGUGCUCAUUGUUGCUCCUACCCGUGAAUUGUCAACCCAGAUUUUCGAUGAAGCGCGACGCCUAUGCUAUCGCUCCAUGCUCCGUCCUUGCGUUGUGUACGGUGGCGCGCCAGUUCGUGACCAGAGAGAGGAGUUGCAGCGUGGUUGCGAUAUCCUUAUUGCGACUCCUGGCAGGUUGCUGGAUUUCAUGGACAAGCCACACAUUCUCUCUCUUCGUCGUGUCAAGUACACUAUCAUUGAUGAAGCAGACGAACUUCUGCAGUCUGACUGGGAGUCCGAUUUUGCCAAAAUCAUGUCUGGAGGAGACAUCAAUGAGGACGCUGACCACCGCUACAUGAUGUUUUCGGCCACUUUCAACAAGGACUGCCGUAAGCUGGCGCGCAAUUACCUUGCAGAAGACCAUGUCCGUGUGCGCAUCGGAAGGCCUGGCAGCACUCACGCCAACGUUGACCAGAACAUCAUCUACGCUGAACCUCCUCUCAAAAAGCAAUGCCUCUAUGACCUGCUUCUGGCUAUGCCACCUUCGCGUACACUGAUUUUCGUGAAUUCCAAGACUCAGGCAGACUUCUUGGAUGAUUACCUUUACAACAUGGGUCUCCCAAGUACCUCUAUUCACUCUGAUCGCACCCAGCGUGAGCGGGAAGAUGCCUUGCGUGCAUUCCGCACUGCAAAGUGCCCCAUCCUUGUGGCUACCGGGGUUUCUGCUCGCGGUCUCGAUAUCAAGAAUGUCAUGCAUGUCAUCAACUUUGAUCUUCCACGGGUUCAGCAUGGUGGUAUCACGGAAUACGUUCAUAGAAUCGGACGCACCGCACGCAUUGGUAAUGAGGGGCUCGCCACCUCGUUCUACAACCAUGACAAUGAUGCGGACCUCGCCCCAGAUCUGGUGAAACUGCUCAUCGAGAACAAACAAACUGUCCCUGACUUCCUCGAAUCUUAUCGUCCUUCGGAUGAUGUUGUCAAGUUUGACGACGAUACCGACGAUGAAAAGAGUGGUGAAGAGGACAACAGUGGUAAUAACGAUGCCUGGGGAGGAGGAGGAAUUCCGAUGGAGUCUGAUGACGCCGAAGAGGCCGAGGAUAACUCGAAGUGGGAAUUUUAAUCCACGUCCUGGCUUUGCCACGCCACUUUUUACCUGAUGUCGCCUGGAAUCCCAUUACUUCGAUCAAAGCUGUGGAGAGAAAAAUGGAGGAAAAUUACGAAAAACAAAGGAGAAAAACGCCAGAUGUUUGUGAGUGAAAGGUCAUGCUCGUUG